GACAGUUGUGAAUCUGCGCCAGCGCCGAGACGCCGCGUGCGCCGCGGAACGUGAUUCAUGUUUUGACCGUGACCUUUGUUUGUGGACAGUGUAUAUUAAGUUAUUUCUAGAGGGAAAUGAUUACGUUUGUAUGAAAAGGCGAUUUUCGCGGUUCCUCCAUUUUCCUCUUAAAUCGUUAUAUUUUUUUAUCCAUUUACUCCAUUAGAAGUUAAAGCUAAGAAAUGACAAGAAAUAAUUAAUAAUUACACUAAAAAUCUAAAACAAGACUGAAAUAUUUAAUAAGAAUCAUGUUGAAAAAACUGUCGAGUGUUAUAGUGCUGUGCGUUGUAUACGGAGUGGCGUCUCAAGCUCCUGGCGACAGUUGUUUCCAAGAUGGCGUCCCCGGCGUGUGCAGAGCACUGCGUGACUGCCAGGCCGUGACAGAUAACCCGAAGAGCCAGUGGUGGAAACUACCCAGAUGCGGUUUCGAGGGCUUCGAAGUAAUAAUCUGCUGCGUGGAGAAACCAACCACAACUUCUGCUAGGCCAGUUGCCACUACACCUCGCCCUGGAACAACAACAACAGAGUUCUUCGUGCCUGUAUAUGACUACAGUCCCAACACGCCUAUAGUUGAUGGGUGUGCUGCUGUGGAGCCAGAUAGGACCGCGGCGAAAACUGGGCGGAAAGCUUGGGACAAAUGCAUCGAUUACCAACACCAGCUAGUGUAUCCGUGCGAGCAAACAGCUCUUUCAGGCAGCAUGGGCCGCGCCAACCGCUGCAACCACAACGUGGACGAGCUGAUCGUGGGCGGUACCAACGCCAAGAGGACAGAGUUCCCUCACAUGGUAUUGCUUGGCUACGGGCAGUCGAAUGGCACAGCCGUGUGGCAGUGCGGCGGGACACUGCUGAGCGACCGGUUCAUACUAACAGCAGGGCACUGUACUUCAGCCAGAGAUCUGGGUCCAGUAGCCUACGCGAUCACCGGCACGCUGAAACGGACUGACGACGUGUCUGCUUCUCAAGUGCACAGAAUCCGACGGAUCAUCAGACACCCGCAGUACAGGGCGCCUUCUAAAUACCAUGACAUCGCUCUACUAGAGGUUGAGAACCCGAUCAACCUGGACUUCACCACGGUACCAGCUUGUCUGGACGUCUUUGGCGGAGACCAUUCUAAAGCUAUAGCUACGGGCUGGGGCGCCACAGCUUGGAUGGGAAGCAACGCCGACUACUUACAGAAGGUGACAUUAAGCAAGUUCAAAGAUGAAGAGUGCAGCGCCAAGUUCCGUCCCAGCCGGAACAUCCGGAACGGCUUUGACCCGGCCACGCAGGUCUGCUACGGGGACUACACACAGUCCAAGGACACUUGUCAGGGCGACAGCGGCGGGCCGCUCACCAUCCAAAACCGUCAGGUCCACUGCAUGUACACCGUUAUCGGCGUCACGUCGUUCGGCAAGGGCUGCGGCAACGUCGGAGACCCGGGGAUCUACACUAUAGUCUCUCACUACGUCGACUGGAUUGAGAGUAUCGUCUUCGCUUAGUUGUUAUAAAUAUAUAAUAUGCCACUGCGCUCCGUCAUCGGUGUCACGUCGUUCGGGCUGCGGCAACGUCGGAGACCCGGGGAUCUACACUAAAGUCUCUCACUACGUCGACUGGAUUGAGAGUAUCGUCUUCGCUUAGUUGUUAUAAAUAUAAAAUAUAUGCCACGACAUGUUACAACGUCAUCGGUGACAUGUCGUUCGGGCUGCGGCAACGUCGGAGACCCGGGGAUCUACACUAAAGUCUCUCACUACGUCGACUGGAUUGCGAGUAUCGUCUUCGCUUAGUUGUUAUAAAUAUAAAAUAUAUGCAACGACAUGUUACAACGUCAUCGGCGACAUGUCGUUCGGGCUGCGGCAACGUCGGAGACCCGGGGAUCUACACUAAAGUCUCUCACUACGUCUACUAGAUCGAGAGCAUCGUUUUCGCUUAGUUGUUAUAAAAAUAUAAUAUAUGCCACUGCACUCCGUCAACGGUUUCACCUCGUUCGGGCCACAGCAACGUCGGAGACCCGGGGAUCUACACUAAAGUCGCUUAGUACCGUGACAGGAUUGAGAGUACCGUCUCCCGUUUUUUAUAAAAUGAUGUCAUACAAUUUAAGACUUUUGCAAUGUAUAAUAAAAUAUAACCUAAA